GCGCCUGCCGGAAGCCAGGUACUCAUUCACGCCCGGACUCCCGCACUAUAUAAAAGGCUGCAGGGGCCGGAGCGGUUAGUCUGCGUUCUAGCAGUUCAGUUCACAGCAGGUCGCCCACUGGCCGUCGAGGUUCGCGGCGCGUUCUUCCCGGGGACUUGGUCGUCUGAGGACCCAACUCAGCGCGUGUUCUACCCAGUGUCCAGGGACUGCGGGUAUUGGGGGAAGUCUACAGGGGGAGAAGCCGGGUUCCCAGUUCUGAGACUCCGAUUGCCGACCGCCCUCGCCUCCGGCCCUCCCUCUCCGUCCUCGGCUCCUUCACCUUCCUUCUCGGGCUUCUCCUUCUUCGCCUCGUCUCGUUUUGCUUCCCGCCUUUACCAUGUGCUCCACACCCGGCCUGCCCAGCCCUGGCGCCCCCAUUACGCUGCGUGUCUCCUUCGUGGACGUGCACCCGGAGGUGAUCCCCGUGCAGCUGUGGGGGCUGGUGGGCGACCGGCGGGAGGAAUACGUGCGCCUGGGCCACGACAUUCAGAUGGCCGCGGCAGCGGUGGCGGCCCGGACCCGGGUGAUGUCGGCUGCCAGUCCUGGUGAGCUGUGCCUCGUGCAGCUGGGGCCCCGCUGGCAUCGCUGCCGCGUGGUCAGCCGUCAAGCACAGGAGUGCAGGGUCUUCCUCCUGGACGAAGGUCGCACAGUCACGGCCAACUCGGCAGCCCUGGCCCCGGGCCGCAACGAGUUCUUCCACCUGCCGUCUGAGGUGCUGGGCUGCGUGCUGACCGGCCUGGUGCCGCUGGGAGGAGGUGGAGGCGGGGAGCCCCAGCAGUGGUCCCGCGGCGCGGUGGAUUUCCUUGGCCAUCUCCAGGGCAAGGAGAUACAGGGCCGGGUGCAGGAUGUGCUGCUUCCCCAGCGCCUGGUGUUGCUGGAGGUGCCCACCGUGUUUCAGCAAAUGCAGGACCUGGGCCUAGCCCGACAGGUGCCUGACAGUCUCUUUCGAUCCCUGCUGAAGCGCUACAUCAACGCAGCAGGGGCCUCGGUGCUUCUCCCUCGGGCCCUGCCCAAGCAGGAACCGCCGCAGCUCUUGGAUUACUUCUACCCCCAGCUGCAGCUGGGUGUCACGGAGCCCGUGGUGGUGACCCAGGUGUGCCACCCUCACCGUAUCCACUGCCAGCUCCGCAGCCUUUCUCAGGAGAUCCGCCGGCUGUCUGACAGCAUGGCCCAUGCCUAUCGGGCCACAGGUACCGGGGAUGAAAGUGGGAGAAGCAGCAGCUGGGAGGAGAGGGAGGAGAAUCCUGACAAGCCCGGCUCCCCUUGCGCUGCUUGUGGCCUGGACGGACAGUGGUACCGUGCGCAGCUGUUGGAGAAUUUUCGACCUCAGCGCUGUGCCCAAGUGCUACAUGUAGACUAUGGGAGGAAAGAGCUAGUGAGCUGUGGUAGUCUGAGAUAUUUGCUUCCUGAAUAUUUUCGAAUGCCAGUUGUUACCUAUCCCUGUGCCUUGUAUGGACUCUGGGAUGGUGGACGAGGCUGGUCUCGUUCCCAAGUAGGAGACCUCAAGGCCCUGAUCCUAGGUCAGGCAGUGAAUGCCAAAAUUGAAUUUUAUAGUUCCUUUGAACACGUGUAUUAUGUUACCUUAUAUGGAGAGGACGGGAUUAAUCUCAACUGUGCUUUCGGGGUCCAGGCCUGCUGUCUGGCGGACAGACUUCUCCAGAGCCCUGGCCUGGAAGAAGAGGAUGGGAAGGAGGAAUCUGAUACUGAGGAGGGGAUGGAAGAUGACCUGUCCUCCCCAGCCCUGAAAACUGUGCGCCUGAAGGCUAAUUCUUUCUAUGAUGCCCAGGUGGAAUUUGUUAAAGAUCCCUCAGAGUUUUGGAUCAGAUUGAGAAAACACAUUGGCCCCUUUGGCAAGUUAGUGAGGAGUAUGUGUAACUUCUACUCAUCGAGAAAGGUGGAUGGGUUAGCCCUGCAGCCUGUGCCUGACCAUCUCUGCUGUGCCAAGUGGAAAGAGCAUGGGUAUUAUAGGGCUGUAGUCACUAGAUUGGUGGGGGACAAAAGUGUGGAGGUGCACUUGGUAGAUCGUGGCAAUACAGAGACAGUGGGUUUUUAUGAUGUAAAAAUGCUGCUUCCCCAGUUCAGGCAGCUCCCAGCAGUGGCACUGAAGUGCUGUCUAGCUGAUAUCUGGCCCCUAGGGGAAAGUUGGAGCCGAGAAGCAAUUUCCUAUUUCAAAAAAACAGUGCUGCACAAGGAGUUGGUCAUUCAUGUUCUUGAUAAGCAGGAUAGCCAGUAUGUCAUUGAAAUUCUUGAUGAAUCAAGGAUGGGGGAAGAAAAUGUAAGCAAAUUGAUUGCCCAGGCUGGAUAUGCCAAAUAUCAAGAAUUUGAGAUGACUGACAUCAGGCCACCGACCCAUUCCCCAGGGCAAAUUCCACAUCAAUUAAGUGCUGACUGUAACAGAAUGUCUUCUGCCAAGAAAGUUGGAAUAGGACAGUGGGGAAAGAAAGAUGACAAGCCUCCAGUUUCAGAGGUUGUGACUGACAGAACAAUUGUUACAAAAAGCUCUUUCAAUGAAUCGGUUGUGCAGGCAACAGAGAAAACUAGAAAUAUGCCCAUCUAUUCUCCGCUAGUACAAAAUUAUUUGGAAAUUAAGCCGGCCUCUCCCUGUAAAGGUCAGUUAGAAGUUGGGAGCACAGUAGAAGUCAAAGUGUCAUAUGUUGAAAGCCCUGGAUAUUUCUGGUGUCAGCUGACCAGAAACCUCCAAGGUCUCAGAACCCUAAUGUGUAAAAUUCAGGAUUUUUGCAAGAAUUCUGCAACUCCAUACCAGGGAAUCAGUCCAGCUUGCUUGGCGAAGCGUACUAUUAAUGGGAAAUGGUCCAGAGCUUUGAUUAUUAAUGGAACUCCUUCUGCUGACAAUGCCAAAGUAAUAUUUGUUGACUAUGGAAAUAAAGAGGUAGUCCCUAUGAAGAAUAUCUGUUCAAUCAAUGAUGAAUUUAUAAAGUUAAAGGCUCAAGCUUUUAGAUGCAGCCUUUACAAUUUAAUUCAACCAGCUGGUCAGAAUCCCUUUGUUUGGGAUGAAAGAGCAAUCCGAGCUUUUAAAGAAUUUGUAGAUAAUGCCUGGGAAGAUAAUCUGGAGUUGAAAUGCACAAUUUUUGCCCUUGCAGCAAUAAAUAAUAAAGAACUCUUUAAUGUGGUAGACUUACUAACUCCUUUUCAAAGUGCUUGCCGCUACCUAACAGAAAUUGGGUUUGCACGACAAGUUAGACUUCAGAAACCUCUAGCGUCCUCCAUGCAACUCCAUUCCUACUAUUAUUCCACACAUGACAUCAAAAUUGGAAGUGAAGAAGCUGUUUUUGUAACACAUGUUGAUGGACCUUGGACCUUUUAUUGCCAGCUUGCAAGGAGUUCAGGUGUGCUAGAGCAGUUGUCGAGUGAUAUUUGUCGAUUAAGCAAAGUCUUACAGCAUUCAAAAACAUCUUCCGCAAGUCCUGGGAUCUUGUGCCUUGCAAAAUAUAGUGACCAGAAUUGGUAUAGAGGAAUAGUUACAGGCAAAGAACCAAACAAAGUUUUUUUUGUUGACUUUGGGAAUGUUCAUGUGGUUACAAAUGAAGAUUUGCUUCCCAUUCCAGGUGAUGCCUAUGAUCUAUUACUUUUGCCCAUGCAAGCUGUGAAAUGUUCUUUGUCUGAUGUCUAUGAUAAUACUCCUAAAGAAAUUGCAGGUUGGUUUGAAGAGGCUGUACUAGACAAAUCGCUGAAGGCUUUAGUUGUAGCAAAAGAUCCAGAUGGAAGGUUGAUUAUUGAAUUGUAUGAUGGUAGUGUUCAGAUUAAUGCUAAAAUAAAUGAGAAGUUGGGUUUACUAGGUUACAAAGGGCCAAAGAAAUUAGAAAAUGAAGAGUUGCUCUCUUCAGCUGAAACCCUUAAAGAAGUAAAAAAUGAAAACAGGAAAUUACUUGCUGGACAUUCCAGCAAAACAGCAAACAAAUUAUGCACAUCCGAGAUCCAGGGAGAAUCAUGCAAACCUAAAAUCAGUUUAGCAUGUAAGGAAUUAAAAAACUUACAAAGUUCAACCAAGGUAGGCUUGUUAACUCAUUAUCAGGAAUCUGUGGGAAAUCAACAUAAUCAAGUAUCCCACCUACCUGAUAAAAUAGAGAAUCCUGUUCAGCCUUCUGCACAUGUCUCAGAGAGGAAUAAGGACUUACUGCUUAAAUUUUGUGAUCUGCCUCAAAAAAGUAUUGUGCCUGGUUUUAAAACUAAGGUAUAUGUUUCCCAUAUUAAUGAUCUAACAGACUUUUAUAUUCAACUAGCUGAUGAUGAGGAUGAACUUGCAAGUAUUUCAGAGAAGUUAAAUGAUGAUAAAAUAAGAGGUGAAUGUUUUGCUGGACAACCUCUGAAAAAAGGAGACUUGAUAUGUGCAGUUUUUCCAGAGGAUGACUUAAGGUAUCGGGCUGUGGUCAAAGAGCAGUCUGGUGACCUUGUCACUGUACAAUUCAUAGACUAUGGGAACACUUCAGUGGUCAAUGUUAGCAAACUAAGCAGACUUCAGAAAGUUAAUGCCUUAGUUCCAGGGAUGAGCAUUCACUGUACCCUGGGUGGGCUUCAUAUCCUGCCGACCAAAAACCAAUGUCAAGAGCUUUACUUUUCAGAGAGAACAGGUGAGGCUCAGAUAAAUUGUGAAUUUGUCAUGAAAUCUGAAGAUAAGUGGGAUGUUUUGCUUACAGAUGAACAGGGUGUAAUAUCAGAAGAUAUGAUAAGCAAAUUUAUAUCUAGUUCAAAAUCAACUUCUACCCAGUUAAAUACAGCUACCAAUCCAGAGACUCUAUCAGACCCCCCUCCUCCUCCUCCUCCCCCUCCUCCCCCUCCUCCCCCUCCUCCUCCUCCUCCUCCACCUCCUCCUCCUCCCCCCCUCCUUCGUCUCCCUCCUCUUCCUCUUAUUCCCCUUCCUCUUCCCCCUGAGGAAUCAGGAGAUCCUGGCAAAACAAAUGUUAAAUUACUCAACUGGUAUCUUCCAGAAGUAAAUAAGAUAAAAGUCUAUGCUACUGUGAUUGAUGGACCAGAGUAUUUUUGGUGUCAGUUUGCUGACACAAAAGUCCUUGACUGCUUGGAUCCCCAGGUACAGGCUGCAGGGGAACAUGCAGCAGUCUGUGCAGACUGCAUUUCAGUUAUUCAGUCAGGUGUGGUCUGUAUUGUUAAAUACAGUGAAGAUGGACGUUUUUAUAGGGGACUUGUUACUGAUGUGCUAGAUGGAGACCUCAUAUCAGUCAGGCUUGUGGACUUCGGAAAUGCUGUAAAUUUUGGCAGAAAUGCCCUUUGGAAUAUCCCUGGCAACCUCCUGAAUGUUAAUAUGCAGUGCUUCCCCUGUUGUCUAUCAGGGUAUAAUGUUUUAGAAGGUGUAUGUUCUUUUGAAGAAAAUGACUAUUUUUAUGAAAUAGCUACAGAAGGAGUUUUAGAGCUUACUAUUUUAGAGAUCAAAAAGGAUGUCUGUGAUAUCCCACUGGCAGUGGUUCAAUUAAAGUAUGAAGGUGAAAACCUUAAUGAGAAAAUGCUGAAAUUUUCUAGUCAAUUCCGUAAAGCUGAUAAGGAAUUCCCAAAGACUUCAUGUGAAAACAAACUGAGGGAAGCAGAUACUCCCAUGCCUCUUAAUAUUGAUGGUGGAAGUAAACCUAACAAAGUUGCACAAGAUGGCUUGCUGUUUGUGGAAUCACCAGGAGAUAUUUUCCGUGCAAGCAGUGGAUUAAACCAUGAUGAAACCAAGCCAAGUCCUGUAUUUGAAAGUGAAGCCAUCACUGCUUUUGUACCUGCAAUGGGGCAACCUAGCAAAGGCAACACUGGAGAUAUUAGGGAAAAGUGCUCUUUGGCUGAAACUCUCAAGUUUGAUAGUAACAAAAACCUGAUUACGGGAUUGGAAACUCUGCUGCCACGGAUUGAGACAAAGGAAAUAUUAGAAUUGAAUUCCCUUGAAGUACCCUUCUCGCUGGAAGAAUCAAAAGAAUUCUUGGAAUUGGAGUCCAUUGAAUUACAGCUUUCCAUAACUGGUGAGGAGGCCAAAGAGAUGGACCUGGAACCUCCCAUGGUCCAGAUUUCCCAAGGAUGUGACUCAAAAAUGACCCUGGAACAAUUUACAGCACAACUCUCAAAUGAUUCUAAAUCGGAACAGCUAGAACUAGAACCUCCAAUAGCACCUCUGUCUCUAGAUAAAGAGACUCAUCCCUUUUCAAAGACAAGUCAGAAGUCUCAGGAAACUCUGUGUCCAGAGGACUCUGGAGAACCAAAUCACCUAAAACCCUUUGGCAGAUGCAAAAUGCAUUCCAAAACAGAGACUGCACAUAACUUGUACAAAGAAGUGUUUACUGAGUACAAAAAUAGACUUGCUGUUGAGUCUUUGACUCAUUUGCUCCCUGAAGAAGAAAUAAAGACAGAAGAAAACCAUGGGAAUGCUUUAACAGACCAUGCUACAGCUCAAAUUGAGAAUACCUAUACUCUAGAAGGAUUCACCAUUGGUUCGAAAUGUGUUGUCUGGUCAAGCCUAAAGAAUACAUGGUCUGAGUGUCAGAUUUUGGAAAUAGCUGAUGAAGGUACCAAGGUUCUGAACCUUUCAAAUGGUAUGGAAGAAAUAGUGAACCCAGAAAAUGUCUGGAAUGGAAUACCUAAAUUGAAUAACAGUCCAUCUGAGGGUGUAUAUCAAGCAUUGGAAAAAGAUUUUUACUUAAACUCAACAGAUGACACUGCUAUUAAAGCUUUAGGCUUUACCCCUCUGGUUUUAGAAAAACGAUCUGGAGGUGAUUUAAAUGUGGAGCCUUAGAUGUUGCCCAGAAAUCAUGAAAUAGUUCCUGAAUGUGUGACAUCUUGUUUACAAGAUUCAGAUCGGCAGAAAAAUUGUGGGUUCAUAUUCUCAAGAAGAACUUGUCAUUUUGGAAAAUGAUUUAAAAAAAAACUUAACAAAUCUCAGGUUGAAUAUAUCUAUGGUAUUUUGUGGUGCUAUCUAUGUAAAUAAAGAAUUUGCAACAUCUCUCUUUAAAUCUGAAUAAUAGUCUUACCUUUGACAUGGAAUAUUUAUGUCUUCCAUAUUAGUCAAAAUUCAGAAAGUGAAUAUAUGUAAAUAUAGUAUAUAAAUUAGGGGAAAAAAUCUUUGACAGAAAUGCUAUACAUGACCUGUGUAUAUUAUGUGAUGCUCACUACUUCAGAAGGAUCUCAUUUGUUAGUAAUAGCUCUACUUUGUUUAAAAGUUUUGUCUUUCCUUUCUGGUGAAUAAAUAAUUGACCACUUGUUUGAAUUUGAGUAUGUAUAACAUGACAAAACUGAAUAAAAUUUACCCUUUAAAGAUGGUGGUUGUGUAGGUUGCGUUUUUAAAAAAAAUCUUUAAUUAAGGAUAUAUUUAGAGAAAUAA